AUUGAUGACAUUAUUUUUGCCAUUUCCUCUAAUUUCUCAUUGCGGAUUUCAGGUGACGUGUUGACCAGUAACUGUCCUUUGAUCUUUCGGCCGGUCGCGCCAGCUUCUCUUCCUCUCUUUUCAUCGGUUUCUCUCUGUCUGCGUUGCCUAUUCUAUCUGACUCUUAGAGGCAAUGGGUCAAGUUCAAAGCGACGUCGCUUCAGUAACGGCGGCUAGUCAAGGCCGCGAUCAAACGGUGUCGUCUGCUCCAAAACCGACCUCCUCCUCUUCUUCUUCUUCCUCGUCUAUGGAGUCUCUUCUUGCAGAAGCUGCGGCUUACGGUGAAGAAGGCGAAGAGGAGUCUCUUGAUGCCAAAGCUCAGAAAGCAUUGGAAUGCCCUUGCAUAGCUGAUUUGCGAAGUGGUUCAUGUGGGGAUCAAUUUUCAGAGGCCUUCCUUUGUUUUUUAAAGAGUACUGCUGAAGAAAAGGGCUCAGAUUGUGUGCAUCCAUUUGUGGCACUGCAGAAGUGUAUCAAAGCUAAUCCAGAUGCCUUCUCUAAAGGCAUUUUAGAGGAAGAUGAAGAUGAAGUCAAGAAAGUGGAAGAACCAGUCCAAGACUACAAAAUUUACCCACCCACAUGGGCCAAAGAACCUCAAAGUCCCAAGUCAAAGCUUUAGGGGAAAGGUCUAUUUUGUUCUUCUUCCUCAUCCUCUGCACUCAAUUCUGUGAUCUUUUUGUCUUAGGAAGCAUAAAGCAUUGGAUUAUUUUGACAAAUAAACAUUGAGAUUAUUGCUUAUUCAACAGCCCAUAAAUGUUUGGAGGUUGAAGUCAUUGGCAUUGUAAUCAACACUUUAUAUAAAGUUAAACAUUGACAGGAAAGAUGGCUUUAUACUUGAUGAAA